UGAUCCCAGUUCUGCUUGGUGACCUACAUAAUCAGACUGACUGCAAGUGAAAAUCACAAGGUGCCUUUUUAUACUUGGAACUACUUUAUGACACAGCACGGCUGUAGGCCUCCGCUUAAGGGUGCAAGGCAGCCCAAAGACCUGCUUCUGUAAACACAGGUUAGCAGGUUCUCCACUCAUUACCGGCUCGCACAUUUUGCAACAGAACACAGCUGGUGUCUCCUGGAAACAGCCGUUUGCUACCACUUCACCUUUAGGACAAACUACAAUCGUCUCAAAAAGAAAAAUGCCAUUUGAAGUAACAGAAAACAGAAAGACGUUUCAACAGUCAAAACAAAACUGCAACUGGUGUUUAGCUCUUUUGUUUACUGUGGCAAUGUGCAUUACCAUAUCAGGGGGGUGUGCCUUAGGGAUGAUAGCCAACUGUAGGGAUGAGAGUUCUGUGUUCGUGUUUGUGUUUAAAAGUAAUCUUGUUGUGCAGAUUUGCCAUUGCAGCUUUAAUGAGCUUUCUGUCUUAUCUUCAAUCUUAAUAAAUAUUCAAUAUGAUGUCCUAAAAUCCAUCUAUUCUGUGAUUAUAUUGUAGUUUCCACAAGGUCUAUGGCCUCAAAGACACAGGUUGGGUUUGUUGGUUUGGGAAAUAUGGGAAACCCAAUGGCAAAAAAUCUGUUGAAGAAUGGAUAUCCAGUCAUUGCAACAGAUGUGUUCCCAGAAUCCUGCAAAGAUAUCCAAGAACUGGGCGCUCAGAUUGUUGACAAUCCUGCAGAGGUUGCAGACAAAGCAGACCGUAUUAUCACUAUGCUUCCAUCUAGUCCUAAUGUCAUAGAUGUCUACACCGGACCCAGUGGCAUUCUCAAGAAAGUGAAGAAGGGUUCCCUACUUAUUGACUCCAGUACGAUAGACCCGGCUGUUUCUAAAGAGAUGGCUGCUGCUGCUGAGAAGUUGGGAGCCGUUUUUAUGGACGCACCAGUGUCAGGAGGUGUGGGUGCUGCCACUUCGGGUAAGCUGACGUUCAUGGUCGGAGGAGUGGAGGAGGAAUUUACUGCAGCCAAAGAGCUUCUCAGCUGCAUGGGCGCUAACGUGGUUUACUGUGGUCAAGUUGGAACUGGGCAGGCUGCUAAGAUUUGUAACAACAUGCUUUUAGCUAUCGGGAUGAUCGGGACGUCAGAGACGAUGAACUUGGGCAUCAGACUUGGUCUUGAUCCCAAACUUUUGGCCCAAAUUCUGAACAUGAGCUCGGGUCGCUGUUGGUCCAGCGACACCUACAACCCGGUGCCAGGUGUCAUGGAAGGAGUCCCGUCUGGGAAUAACUACCAAGGAGGGUUUGGAACUCAGCUAAUGGCUAAGGACUUGGGGCUUGCUCAGAACACGGCCACCAACACAAAGACUCCUGUCCCCCUGGGCUCCUUAGCCCAUCAGAUCUAUCGUAUGAUGUGCGCUCGCGGUUACGCCAGUAAAGAUUUCUCCUCCGUGUUCCAGUUCCUGCGUGAGGAGGAGGGUCAGUAGUGUUAGCCUCCACCCCAUCCAUCACCCUCGCCAUGUGCCUAACAUGGCAUGGUUCUAGAGUGCGCGCGCGCACACACACACACACACACAGACUUUUCUGUUAUUUUCCAUCAGAUGUUGUUAAGAAGGUUGGCACCGUCUGAGUGAAUGUGAACACUUAUUGGAAAUGAUGUUUUACAUUUAAGUCUUCCUUUUAUCAGGAGACUCUCCUUUGAGUUUUACUGAAUAAGCGAAUGGUCACAGAGGGCAAUUACAUAAACUGUUAUCAGCUACAAAUGUGGUUCAUAAUUUAUCCUUUCUUCCGUUCUGUGUGUCACUCCUGUUGUCAUUAGUUUUUUGACAUUGUGUUUUUUUUCUGUCACAUUCAGUCAGAAAUGAAGACAAUAAACUAGAUUAUAUCAAAAAAUAA